AGGCGAAGGAGAGAGGAAACCUGAGCGACCCGGCGUUAUGUGGGAACCCGCUCUCUGCGCCGUCGGGUGGCAGCCAUUGGCGCCUCUGGCCAGGCCGUGCUUGGGCCCGCGAGGCUGUCGAGGCCCGGCAAGGGCAGGAAUCUGCCAGGGGCCUCCUCGGGAUCGCCAGGCAGGGAAGAAAGUGCAAACGAUCACACUUACGUGUUUGUACAGUGCCAGUCUGGCCAAGGAAAAGCCACUGGCAGAGAAGGGAUGAAGGAUCUGCAGUUGCUUCAAAACCUGGCUAAGAAAGGCAACCUCAGGCAGGAUAUCGUGAUUUAGCCCAAGGAAAAAUGACUGGAGAGGUUGUAUCUUAUCCCAAAUUCCUAUGCAUCAAAUGUAGAAGAGGCUCUUUCAUAGAGGAGAAUUCUAGAGAAAUUCACUUUCGCUGUUUAAAAAGACCAGCAUCGUGAGCAUGGUGUAUACGCAGUCGGAGAUUCUGCAGAAGGAGGUCUACCUCUUUGAGCGCAUCGAUUCGGCCAGCCGGGAGAGCAUGAAGCACCUGAAAGCCAUCUGCUUCCUCCGGCCCACCAAGGAAAAUGUUGGGUAUCUUAUCCAGGAGUUGCGGAGACCCAAAUACAGCUCUUAUUUUAUUUAUUUCAGCAAUGUGAUCAGUAAGAGUGACGUCAAGUCUUUGGCAGAAGCUGACGAGCAGGAAGUGGUGGCUGAAGUGCAGGAAUUCUAUGGAGAUUACAUCGCUGUGAAUCCACAUGUGUUUUCUCUCAACCUCCCCGUCUGCUGUCAGGGCCGCAACUGGGACCCAGCCCAUUUGUGCAGGACUGCUCAGGGCCUCACCGCCUUGCUUCUUUCCCUGAAGAAGUGCCCCAUGAUUCGUUACCAGCUCUCCUCUGACUUGGCUAAGAGGCUGGCUGAAGGCGUCAAGCAAGUGAUCACGAAAGAGUACGAGCUCUUUGACUUCCGUCGCACCGAGGUCCCUCCGCUGCUGCUGCUCCUGGACCGCUCAGACGACGCCAUCACUCCGCUUCUGAACCAGUGGACGUACCAAGCCAUGGUUCACGAACUGCUGGGAAUUAACAACAAUCGCAUUGAUCUCUCACGGGUCCCAGGCAUCAGCAAAGACCUCCGGGAGGUGGUCUUGUCUGCUGAGAAUGAUGAGUUUUAUGCCAGUAACAUGUACCUGAACUUUGCGGAAAUUGGCAGCAAUAUCAAGAACCUGAUGGAGGAUUUCCAGAGGAAGAAACCCAAAGAGCAGCAGAAACUAGAAUCGAUUGCAGACAUGAAGGCCUUUGUGGAGAACUAUCCCCAGUUCAAGAAGAUGUCUGGCACCGUCUCCAAGCACGUGACGGUGGUGGGGGAGCUGUCCAGGCUGGUGAGCGAGAGGAACUUGCUGGAGGUGUCUGAGGCCGAGCAGGAACUGUCCUGUCAGAAUGACCACUCCGGAGCUCUGCAGAGCAUUCGACGCCUCCUGCAGAACCCCAGGGUGACCGAGCUGGAUGCUGUCCGGCUGGUGAUGCUCUACGCCCUCCGUUACGAGCGACACGGCAGCAACAGCCUUCCAGGCCUCAUGCUGGAUCUCAAGAACCGGGGUGUUUCCGAGAGGCUUCGCAAGCUGGUGCCUGCCAUUACCGAAUACGGAGGGAAAUGGGUUCAAUCAAGUGACCUCUUCGGCCCAAAGGAUGCAAUGGCCAUUACCAAACAGUUCCUCAAAGGGCUGAAGGGGGUUGAGAAUGUGUACACGCAGCACCAACCUUUGUUGCAUGAGACUCUGGAUCAGCUCAUCAAGGGUAAACUGAAAGACAACCAGUAUCCAUAUCUGGGCCCUAGCAGCCUACGUGACAGGCCACAAGACAUUAUCGUCUUCAUCAUUGGUGGGGCAACUUAUGAGGAGGCGCUGACGGUGUACAACCUGAACCGCACCACCCCUGGUGUCCGGAUCGUGCUGGGGGGGACAACGGUGCACAACACAAGGAGUUUCCUGGAAGAAGUGUCUGCUGCUGGCUUUCGAGGACGGGGCACAGAGAGUUCGCAGGGGAUGGCCCAGGCUGCAGCCAGGCGGCUGAACUGAGGCAGCACUGCCAUUGGCUCCUUCCUAGCCAUCUCAGAUCGAAAUCUGUCCAACGUGCUGCAGAAGGCCACCUUCAGGUUUCCCUUCACGUACCAUAGCCAGCCAGCGCAGAUGGGAUGGAGGCUAUGGUUCUUCUCUCUCCCUCCCUCUCUCUCUCCCCCCCCCUUCACUCUCCUUUAGAUAAUUUUUUGAAGAGUUGCACAGGAAUGCGUAGGAGCCUUCCCAAUUGCUUCUUUAGAAGACUGCACAGUCUGCUGUUCGGGUCUCCCUUUCAGGGUCACUUCUCUGCCUGUUGUUUGCCUCCUGGGCUGAGUCCCCCAUGAACUCCAAUAAAAGGACGCUGUGCUUUUAUGGCAGAGA